AUGCAACCCAAUCAAAAGCUCUGUAUCGCUAUCUUUGGCCCUACCGCCUCCGGGAAGACCAAGUUGGGGGUUGCCAUUGCGAAGACCUUUCCGAGCGAGGUCAUCUCUGUCGAUAGUCUACAGUGCUACAAGGCGGGAAGCAUUAUCACCGCCAAGCCCACUGCUCAAGAGAUAGAUGAUGUUCCUCAUCACCUGAUUGACUAUCUCGAGGCUGAUGAGGAACCCAAUGAGUUUGUGGCCCUGGCUGCUGACAAGAUGGACGAAAUUACAAACCGAGGGAACCUCCCUAUUCUUGUCGGCGGCUCAACGUCUCUCGCAAUACCUUUGUUGCAUGAGGCGUUCAAGCGGCAGUAUCGGUUUAUUUCUGCAACUCUGAUCCCGCGCCAGUCCACAUACUGGAAAUUUAUCCAAGUUAGAGCCAGCGAAAUGCUCGAGAGGGGUCUCCUUGACGAACUUGAGACGCUGAGAGACCUGCAGCAGAAUUUGAUGGAUGACAACGCCUGCUUCCAUAAGGGUGUAUGGAAGGCCAUUGGGUAUCAAGAGUUCUAUCCCUAUCUCGAGGCAGACUCGCCACGCAACGCCCGGCAGUCGUCGUUUCAAAGGGGUCUCGCACUCAUGAACGCCAAUACCUUGCAGUACGGCUUCCAUCAACUCGAGUGGAUUCGCUCCGUCCUGAACCCUUUCUUACACCAAGCCGGCGUAGUAUGCAUGAGCCUCCCUGUCACUAACAAGACUUCCUGGAUGUCUGAUGUCGAGAUACCUGCUAUCUCAAUGCUCAACGAUCUUUGUUACAGUUUGCGAACGAUCAAAGUUCCCACUAACGGCACAUUGAACUCUAACUCCAAUUCUCGAGUCGUGGGUCUAUUUGGCGGAUCUUCGCCAGGGAACGACCCGGGUCAUAUCGAUGCAGCUAAAAAGCUUGCGUUUGCUCUCCACCAAAAUAACUACAAACUCGUCUACGGUGGCGGCACGACUGGGAUCAUGGGCGCCAUCGCCAGCACUCUGGUGCAACUCUCAGGACAAAGUGCCGUCCAAGGCAUCAUUCCGGUUGCACUCGCAAAGUACGAAGAAAGACUCACCAAGAAAAGGGCCGAUCCUUCAAAAUUCGGGAGCAGGACUGUUGUGAAAGACAUGCAUACACGUAAAAGACUCAUGAUCGAGUCAGUCAUUGGUGGCGCUCCAGGGAGCGGCUUUGUAGCUCUGAGUGGCGGAUACGGUACCUUGGAGGAACUCCUGGAGACAACGACUUGGUACCAGCUUGGUAUUCAUCGAUGCGGCAUCUGUGUGUUUGACGUAUGCGGCUUCUACAAGGGUUUGAUGGACUGGGUUCGUCAAGCUGCACAGGCAGGGUUUGUUGGCACAGAGGAUGCUACUAUUCUGCGGGUUGCAACGACGGCUGAGGAUGUCAUCGACUGCUUGGGCAGCAAUGAUCACCGCUAUUCGCGGAUGGGGGAGCUGGAAUGGGGUUAG